CCCCCCCCCUGCCCCCCCUCCUCAGGGCGGGGCUUCUCUCCGGCUCCAUCCUCUCACGGACCCCGAGAUCAGCUCCUCUCAGGCGGCGGCGCGCAGCCGGAGCCCGGCCUCUUCCUCCAGCAUCUCUAGUACCGAGAGCAGAGCCUGAUAUCAGACCGAAGAAGAAGCGCAGGAUGCGGCUGAGGAGGAGGCAGAGCGGCCGCUGAUCCGCGGACUCAUCGCCAUUGUUUGGAUGCAGAGAGAGAGAAGGACCCGGAUGAGAGACAGCAUGCCCCCCCCACUGCUGCUAACCCUGCUCUGUCUGCAGCUCCUCUCCAGGAGCGCGUUGGCGUUCCAGGCGUCGGUGAACGAUGACGGUCGGAUCGUGGCGACCCUUGAGCACUCGGAUCUUCAUGAGAACGUGACGGCGUACGCUGCUCAGAUCUCCGGAGGAUCUCGGCCGAUCGUCGUGCAGUUUGUGAACGUCAGUGAGCUGCAGGUCAACACGUCGGUGCACGGCCUGUGCUACAGCGUCAGCCUGCUGCUGAAGGCCGGGCAGGACGGCUGGUCCAAACCCGUCAGGACCAUCCCCGUACUCACCAAGCCUCUUCCCGUGCACAGUGUGCACAUCUGGGACUACAGAGAGUCUCCAGAGACCGGCGUGGUGUUCCAGCUGCAGCCACCAGAGGGCAGCGUCUUCAGCCGAGUCAACAUCAGCUACAGCGAGGGGGAGGAGCCACGCUACAUGCUAUAUAAAGACUUCCACAAGGGGAAGACGGUGUUCAGGCACUGGUUACCUGGCGUGUGUUACAGGAACAUCACCUUCAUGCUCAUCUCAGAGGCCACCAUCUCCCAGCAUGCACUGCUCUCACACAGCGAGGUCACGCACACUCCGCUACACCACAGGACAGUUCCGUUCCCCCCCCUCAACAUCUCCCAUAAGAUCGUCCACCUGAGCCAGAGGAUGCUGCGGGAUGAACCCCCCGAGGAUGAGCUCCGUCUGGCCCCCCGCCGAGCCCGGGACGUCCCCCUGCUGGAGGAGGAGACUCUGGAGGAGGGUCAGCCUUCAGACGUGGAGGAGGUCACGGAGGCUCCAUUCAGCCCCACACACAACCUGACAGGCUACAACCUGACGACGGAGGGGGCGUGGCCUGACCUGACUGCCCCCCCACAGGAGGAGGAAGAGGAGGAGUUUGUGAACGCCGUGGUGUCUGAGUAUGAAGACUCCAAUGAGCCCGGAUCCGCCAUGGACCUCCCUGCCCUCCCCCUCGACGCCUCGGUGUUGCCCACUCCGCUGCCCCCCCUCCUGCUGGAGCUGCGCUGGCUGCCCCCCCGACCCCCCACUAGCUACGACGGCUUCAACAUUUACAUUUACAGAGAUGGUAACUCCACAGAGACGGCCACGGUGGACGAGAACACUCACGAGUUCUUCACCGAGUUAACGGAGCCGGGAACGUACCGAGUCCACGUGAAAACGCUCAGCGCCGUCGGGGACUGCGAGCCGCGAGAGAGCACCGCCGACACCCUGUUCACCUUCUACCUCAGCCCUGCAGGUGAUCUCCUGGAGGAUCUCCGGGAGCGUCCUCAGGCCGUCAGCGUCCGGCUGCUGGACUCCAGCACCGCCGCCGUCUCCUGGGCUGCUUCCUCCGAGAAACACAACGGCAGCCUGGUGUCGGUGGUCUCCACAACCUGCAGGAGACCCAGCCUCAGCCAGAGGAUGGAGAACACCUACUGCACCCAGGAGAACUCUUCGAGUGACUUGAUCACGAACCUGACCCCCGGUGCUCAGUAUCGGGUGGUGGUCUAUCACACCAACGGACCCCUGUUGAGCCCCCCCUCUGAGCCUGUUAUCAUAGAUAUAGAGCCCACCGGGGUGCAGGAGCUGGCGGUCUACCCGCUUAGCCCCACGGCGGUGAUCCUGAGCUGGCAGCGUCCGUACCACGUCUCCUUCAGGAAGUACAUCCUGCAGACCUUCUUCUUCAACCCCGUCACCCUCGCCUCCGAGUGGACCACCUACUACGAGAUCGCCGCCACCGCCUCAGUCAUCGCUUCCGUGAGAGUGACUGAUCUGCUUCCUGCCUGGUAUUAUAAUUUCCGUGUUUCCAUGGUGACGUGGGGCGACCCCCCCCUCAGCUGCUGCGACAGCUCCACGGUCAGCUUCGUCACAGCCCCGGAGGCGCCCCACAUCUCGUCGGUGGACUACUCCCACGGCGUCCUCUACGUUCGCUGGACGUACGGCGAGCUCUUCAUCGACCUCUCUCACUCCCACAUGCUGCACUGGACGCUGCUGGCCGUCGGGAAGAAAGGCCCGGAGCGAAGCUUCUCCAUCGACGUGACCCGUAACGUGAUGCGGGCCGGCCUCCCGCUGCCCCCCGGAGAUAUCUACAACUUGACGGUGACAGCGUGCACCGAGCGGAGCCGGAACACAUCCAUCCCUCACAUCAUCAAACUGGAGCCGGCCGCUCCUCGCUCUCUGUUCGCAGUGAACGCCUCACACACCUCCGUCACGCUGCUCUGGACCGAGGACGGGGUCGUGGACUUCUACCAGAUCCUCUGCAGAGACAACCAGCCGGGCCGCCAUCUCAAGUCCCGGGAGCCUCAGACGGCGAGCUCUCACGUGGUGACGGUUUCCGAUCUGCAGCCGGCAUCCUCCUACAACUGCUCCAUCACCAGCUUCAGCUACAACACCCCCAGCAAGCCCGCCCACAUCACCAUCAGAACCACCUCUAAAGAGAUGAACCCCAGUGUAGCGGCAAUCUCGGCUCUGACCAUCCUCAGCAUCCUGCUGCUCAGUAUGCUCGUCCUCUUCCUGCUCGUCCUUCGCAAGAAACACCUGCAGAUCACCAGAGAGUGUGGCGCCGAGACGUUCGUUAACUUCGCCUCGUUUGAGAGGGACGGGAAGCUGCCCUAUAACUGGCGAAGAAGCCUCUUUGCCUUCCUUACCCUCCUGCCAUCCUGCCUUUGGACUGACUAUCUUUUGGCUUUUUAUAUUAAUCCUUGGAGCAAGACAGCUUUAAAGAAGCGGAAACUAACCAGUCCCGUGCAGCUGGACGACUUCGAGGCGUACUUCAGAGAGAUGAGCAAAGACUCUGCCUACAAGUUCUCCCUGCAGUUUGAGGAGCUGAAGAGCGUGGGUCUUGAUCUGUCCCAUGAUGCAGCUGACCUGCCCGUCAACCGUCCGAAGAACCGAUACACAAACAUCCUGCCCUACGACUUCAGCCGUGUGAAGCUGAUCUCGCUGCACAACGACGAAGGGUCGGACUACAUCAACGCCAACUACAUCCCCGGCUAUAAGACCACCCAGGAGUACAUCGCCACGCAGGGGCCGCUGCCGGAGACCCGUAAUGAUUUCUGGAGGAUGGUCCUGCAGCAGAAGAGCGCCAUCAUCGUGAUGCUGACGCAGUGCAGCGAGCGCCGCCGGGUGAAGUGCGAUCACUACUGGCCGUUCACAGACGAGCCGGUGAUGUACGGCGAGGUCAGCGUGGAGAUGCUGUCGGAGAGUGAGGCUCCGGAGUGGAUCAUCCGCAAGUUCAGGCUGGGAUACGCGGACGAGUCUCAGGACGUGCUGCACCUGAACUACACCUCGUGGCCGGAUCACGGCGUGCCGACGGUGAACGCCAUCGAGAGCAUCCUGCAGUUCGUGCACAUCGUGCGUCAGCAGGCCAACCGCAGCAAGCAGCCCGUCAUCGUGCACUGCAGUGCAGGGGUGGGCCGGACCGGCACCUUCAUGGCUCUGGACCGCCUCAUGCAGCACAUCAGAGAGCACGAGUUCGCCGACAUCCUGGGGAUGGUCUCUGAGAUGAGGUCGCACCGGCUGUCCAUGGUGCAGACCGAGGAGCAGUACGUGUUCAUCCAUCAGUGUGUGCUGCUGAUGUGGCAGAAGAAGAAGCAGCAGAGCCUCACCUCCGACGUGAUCUACGAGAACGCCAGCAAGACAUAGACCUGGAGCCCUGCAACGCUGCGAUCACGCCCCCCCUCCUGAGCUUCAGGCCUCCAUCCCUCCAUCAUCACAGACUCAACGGCCACAAAAAGAAAAAAAUAAUCCAGUUUUUGGUUUUGGUGUCAGAGCAUGGGAUGGAAUUUUGCCUUAAGGAGCCUGACUGACCGCUGCCGGGGGGGUCAGAGGAUAACGAGCUCCGUCCUGUGAUUGGAUGUUCGUCCUCUCAGCGAGACGAGUCGGUGUGAGUCAGCAGUUUUUCAUUCCUACGUCUUUUUUUUGUUGCCCCCCCCCCCCCCUCCAGCUGCAGCC